AUGGGUGGAGUGGCGCCUCUUGACCCGAUCAACCUCAACGGUGCUGCAGACCGCGGCAAAAAGGUGGCAUAUUUCUACGAUUCCGAUGUUGGAAACUAUGCCUACGUCUCUGGCCAUCCUAUGAAGCCGCACCGUAUCAGGAUGGCCCACAGCCUCGUCAUGAACUACGGCUUGUACAAGAAGAUGGAAAUCUACCGCGCAAAACCUGCGUCCAAGUAUGAAAUGACCCAGUUCCACACGGAUGAAUACAUCGACUUCUUGUCCAAGGUCACCCCCGAUAACAUGGACCAAUAUUCAAAAGAACAAAGCAAGUACAACGUAGGAGAUGAUUGUCCGGUCUUCGAUGGCUUGUUUGAGUUCUGCGGUAUUAGUGCGGGGGGCAGUAUGGAGGGCGCUGCACGGCUCAAUCGCAACAAAUGCGAUAUCGCUGUAAAUUGGGCGGGCGGUCUACAUCACGCGAAGAAGAGCGAAGCAAGUGGAUUUUGCUAUGUGAAUGAUAUCGUCCUCGGCAUCAUUGAGCUCCUCAGGUUCAAGCAGAGAGUUUUGUAUAUCGAUAUCGAUGUCCAUCAUGGUGAUGGAGUUGAAGAGGCCUUUUAUACUACGGACCGUGUCAUGACGGUGUCGUUCCACAAGUACGGCGAGUAUUUCCCAGGAACAGGCGAACUACGCGACAUUGGUGUCAGCCAAGGAAAAUACUACGCCGUGAAUUUUCCACUCCGAGAUGGCAUUGACGACGUCUCAUACAAAAGCAUCUUCGAGCCUGUCAUUAGUAGUGUUAUGGAAUGGUAUCGCCCGGAAGCAGUAGUUCUCCAAUGUGGUGGCGACAGUUUGUCUGGAGAUCGCUUGGGCUGUUUCAAUCUCAGUAUGGAGGGCCAUGCCAAUUGUGUGAACUUCGUGAAGAGUUUCCAUCUCCCGACGUUGAUUGUGGGUGGCGGUGGAUACACUAUGCGCAACGUUGCUCGCACCUGGGCUUUUGAAACUGGUAUCCUCGUGAAUGAACGGCUCGGAGCCCAGCUUCCAUACAACGAUUACUACGAAUACUUUUCUCCCGAUUAUGAACUCAACGUGCGGCCUUCAAACAUGGACAAUGCAAAUACACCCGAGUAUCUCGACAAAAUUCGGAGUCAAGUGGUUGAAAAUCUGAGGCGAACGGCAUUUGCACCAUCAGUCCAGAUGACCGAUGUUCCUCGUGAUCCACUCCUAGACGGUAUGAACGAUGAGGCAGACGCCAUUAUGGACGACCUUGACGAGGACGAGAAUAAAGAUAGGCGUUACACGAAACGCCGCUUUGACCAGUACAUUGAGAAGCCAGGCGAGCUUAGUGAAAGUGAAGACGAGGAAGAGAAUGCAGCCAAUGGCGUUCGCCCUCAACCAGGAGCUGUGAGACGACGAAAUCGAAUCGACCAUCGGAACAUCGAUUCAGGCCUGGACAGUGGCAUAGCCACCCCUAGGGAGGCGUCUUCUGUUCCUGAUCAAGACGAAGAGAUGGAUCUAGCUGCCGAUGCCUCCGCCGACAAGCCCGAGGAGACACCGGCUGUUGAACGGCCGCCGCAGUCUCCGUCUCAUGAAGAGGCCCCCCGACAGAUCGAUACCAAUGGGGCCACAGAAAUCAGCGACACCGGUGCCGUUGAAGCGGCCACGGGAGCCGAAUCACCGGCUUCAGCGUUGAGCGGCGCACAUUCAGAUGUCGACAUGCAAGAUGCAGCUGCACCACCCGCUUUAACUGAACCUACACCCACAGAGGAGACCAGUGGGCAAGAGAAAACUCCCCCAGUAUCGCCUCCUGCGAGUGCACCUGCAGCCGACGAGCCUGCGCCGGCUGAGCCAUCUCCUGCCCCUGCCAGUGUCGCUCCUCAGCAAGAGGAGACCACCACCGAGACCAAGACCGAGGAGACCAAGGCUGAGGAGAAAGAGCAAACGCCAGCAGCUGCUGAAACCAAGGACCAAGAAAGCACGACUGUAGAAACAACGAUCAAAUCCGAAGAGCAGCCAGAAAAGGAAGCUGCUCCUGAGUCCAAGGAGCCCGAGGCUACUAGCUCUAGCUCCUAG